GGUUAUGAGGACUGGCUGAGACACAAAGCAGACAACUCUGUCAACCAGUGUCCUGUCCACGUGGUGCAGCACGGGAAAGUGGUCCGCAAACAAAGUCGCAACAUCAGGGUUGGAGACGUCGUCUUGGUGAAGGACAAUGAGACUUUUCCCUGCGACCUCAUCCUUCUGUCCACGUCUCGAGAUGAUGGGACCUGCUACGUUACUACAGCCAGUCUGGAUGGAGAGAGCAGCCACAAGACCUACUAUGCAGUUCAGGACACUAAAGCUCACAGCACAGAGGAGGAGGUUGACUCCAUCCACGCUACUAUAGAAUGUGAACAACCACAGCCGGACCUGUACAAAUUUGUGGGCCGUAUCAACAUCUACAUGGACAACGAGGCGGUGGCUAGACCGUUGGGAUCGGAGAACCUGCUGCUCCGAGGAGCCACACUCAAGAACACAGAGUUCGUCUAUGCGGUUGCCAUCUACACUGGCAUGGAAACCAAGAUGGCCCUCAACUACCAGUCCAAGUCUCAGAAACGGUCUGCAGUGGAAAAGUCAAUGAAUUCGUACCUGGUGGUCUACCUGUGCAUCCUCAUCAGCAAGGCCCUCAUCAACACGGCGCUGAAAUACGUGUGGCAGGCGGACCCCAACAGAGACGAGCCCUGGUACAACGAUAGGACAGAAACAGAGAGGCAGAGACACAUUGUGAUCAGGGCGUUCACAGACUUCUUGGCCUUCAUGGUUCUUUUCAACUACAUCAUUCCUGUCUCCAUGUACGUCACCGUGGAGAUGCAGAAGUUCCUCGGCUCUUAUUUCAUCAUGUGGGAUGAUGAGAUUUUUGACGAGGAGCUGGGAGAGAGAGCCGUGGUCAACACGUCAGACCUGAACGAGGAGCUGGGACAGGUGGAGUAUGUGUUUACAGACAAGACGGGGACUCUGACAGAGAAUAACAUGGAGUUCAUAGAGUGCUGUGUGGACGGACACGUUUAUGUGCCUCAUGCUAUCUGUAACGGACAGGUGAUGCCUGGUGCAGCCGGUAUGGACAUGAUCGACACUUCACCGGGUCCCGAGGCCAGGGCGCACGAGGAGCUGUUUUUCCGGGCGCUGUGUUUGUGCCACACGGUGCAGGUGAAGGAGGAGGAGACGGUCGAUGGGAUCAAGCAUGGCAUCCACCAGGGCAAGUCCACUUCCUUCUACAUCUCCUCAUCUCCAGACGAGGUGGCACUGGUGGAAGGCAUGAAGAGGCUCGGUUUCACCUAUCUGAGACUCAAGGACAGUCACAUGGAGAUCUUGAAUAGAGAGGAUGAGAUUGAGAGUGGUAAUGAGAGGUCACUGUGCACCAUGAGGGCCCUGGGAGCCAGCAGCCCCAGCCAGACAGCCACACAGCAACCGUCAUAUAACUAUUUCCUCCAAAAUAAACAGGCCUUGAAGAGAGGAACAGGUCAUUUCAGCCCUUUCUCUUAA